UUCCCUAUUCCUAUUGCCUGUUGCCUGGCAUUGUGUGAUAGGCUUCAGACCGUGACCUAACCUAUCGUUCGGACAUUAUGAAAAUGCAGAGUUGAUUUUUGUGCUUUUUUCGGAUGAUGUUGAAAUGAAUAAUAAGCAACAAGUCAGAGAGUUGGCUCGAGGAAAUGGCGGCGAUCGCGAGAAUCUCGCAGGCGAACGUCGUGCAAGCCACGAGAAAGCAUACCGCCACCGUGUUUUUCUUCCACGGUUCUGGUGGCACGGCGGAGGAUUUAAAAGAAUGGGUUGACAUUCUUAACAGAGAAAAGCUGCAGUUUCCGCACAUAAAGUUAAUUUAUCCUAGCGCCCCGAGCCAGCCGUACAGACCUAACGGCGGAAUGGUGCAAAAUGUGUGGUUUGACCGCAUAGCGAUAUCUAAUCAAGCGCCGGAACACGUGGAAUCGGUCAAUUCCAUGUGCCAGUACGUGUCCGAGUUGAUCGACAGAGAAGUAGCCGGCGGAAUUCCGUUCAGCAGAAUAAUUCUGGGUGGAUUUUCGAUGGGUGGCUGCCUCGCGUUGCAUUUAGCGUACAGAUACCGACCCACCAUAGCGGGCUGUUUCGUUAUGUCCUCUUUCUUAAACAAGAGAUCUAUAAUCUACGAGCAUUUGAAAAUGAAUCCGCAGAAUGGUAAGGUGCCGCUCGUUCAGUACCAUGGCACGCUAGAUAGUUUGGUUCCCAUUGAAUGGGGCGAGGAGAGCGCUAAGAAUCUGAAGGAUCUCGGAGUAAGCGUGAAGUUUAUGCCGCUGCAAAAUAUCGAACACGAGUUGGAUCGCGCGGAGAUUCAAAGUUGGAAGGACUGGCUUCUCGAUCUCUUGCCAGAUAAAUGAUACAUAAAUUAGUCAGAAUUAAAACAACUUAUGCUCUCUGGCAAAUAAUUUUUAUUUAAUAAAAAUAUGACGUUUCGACCAGUAAUACUGGUCCGUAAUUUUUGGAGAUUGAGUUGAAAAAUCCAUCCUCUUGAUUAAACACCAUUUUUUCAGUCCAGGUGUGUAAAAUAAAUGUUACAUAAAUUGUUAAGUAAUGCUCAGAGUAUCAGUUCGUUCUGCACCAGCACGGACUGGAUAAAACAGGCUUUAAGCCUAAUACUCGAGAAAGGAGAAGAAGAACAAAUUGUUAAGUAAGAAUGUUGAGAUUUCUGUGGGGCAGGGGGGUAUACUACAAUCGUGUUAUAUUUGUUUUUGUAUUUGUUAUGUAGUGGUAAUAAUAAAUGGAGGUUUUAUUACGGUAG